ACCCAGUAAAUGGAAGGUCUGGAUCCACUGACCCACCAGCCACAUGCAAGGCAUUGGACAAAGAACACUUGCUGGUCCAAGGUGCAGGAUGACAACUGGCCCUUCUUUUCUUCUUUUUUCUUAUCAUACGCCAUCAUAGCCUUUUAAAACGACUCUUAGAAAGUUAGUGAGAGCCUUCCCUCUCCCAUGGCUGAGCAAUACAACUCCAAUCUCCUUGAAACCAUAGACAGGGUCUGGUUUCACCAAAAUGUUAUGACCAUCACCGAAACUCCACAGAUCCUACCAACGUUAUCGCCAUCCACCCCACUUUCACAAGAGAAAAACGGCAUAUCAGAACACCUGGCAACCCCACUAAAUUCUGACCAUCAACUCAAGAGGGAGUGGACACCAAAGCAAAGGUUGGAUUUCAUCCUUGAGCACAGCAUUCUAUCGCAGCCGACUACAAGUGAAGACCGCAAUUGCUCUGUGUCUACUACCACCAGGGAAAAACCAAGCAGAAGAAUAGAAAAGAUGAGGAGCUGCAAGAGCCACUCUGAGCUAGAACAUGAGGAGUUGAAGGGGUUCAUGGAUCUAGGUUUCAUUUUCAACGAGGAAGAACUGAGCCCAUAUAUGAGGACCGUGCUUCCUGGGCUACAGACGCUCAGGGAGAGGAAGAGAGUAGUGAGUAGGCCAUAUUUGUCGGAGGCAUGGCUUAUAAAUAGGCCAGAUUCUCCGCUGCUUAAUCUGAGGAUACCGCUCAUUUCUGCUGCCUCUGGAACUGAUAUGAAGAAGCACCUCCGUUUCUGGGCCAGAACGGUUGCUUCUGUCAUCCAUCAAGAGUCUUGAAACUAUGCGUCUCACCAUUUAUGUCAUCCACUUGCCAAUUUCAGUGGCCUUGAUUUUUACCACUAUUUUGGAUAUUAUAAGCAUUAGAUGUUGAAGCUUGUGAGGGAGUCAAGAAGCAGAAGCUAAGCUACACAGAUAUGUAGAAAAAGAGCAGAAAGAAAGCGAGAGGAAUGGUUACAGUUAA